AUGACCCGCCCCAUGGAUCAUGAGCCCGAUGUUGAAAUUUUAGUGCACAUUUCCGCUCCCAGUCUGGCGGUUGACGAUGCACAUUAUCGUGAGCUGGCUAGUGCAUAUCUCAAUUUUGAGGAGGCACGAAUCACUCGGCUGGAACACAGCCCGCCGGCCGCUCUGACACCGCCCCGAAUACAUUUGUUCGGAACGCUCGAGUCUCCCCCUCUCUCCUUUGACGACGUUUUAGACAAUGUUGGAUCUCCAGGCGUGAAGCCGAGGCAGGAAAUACAGCAUGACGGCCGAGAGAAGCACAGCCAGGUGACUACUACCGAAUCACAACAGUCUUGGGAGGCUCCGCCCAGCACCGUAGGAGAUUCUCAGCCGUACAACGACAUCACCUUUGAGCGCUUCUGCGACCCGGACCGUUUUAUCGAGUACGAGCUUGAGAAGCUGGACCAUGGCAUGUCUGUGGCCUUGGAUGAUACUCUGCCGGCUUUGGGUUCUGGCUCCAACCGGCGUACGCAGGCUCUUGGCGCAUCUAUGUCUCCUACCAGAGGUUCAUCAAGACAAAGCACGUCUGCACAAGGCCGCAUAAUUGUUGGUCCGAGUCCUCGGAGGCGGGGGGCCUCUAUCGAAGUGCCGUCUUCUCUACCAACUGCACAUCGGAGAAGCCAAAGACUGGCUUCUUCACAUACCAGUCCAGCAGCAAGCUCUUCCUCGGCCGGAAGGGUUGUGUCCACUUCGCCAGACAUCACAUCAUCUCCACCGAUUCCAAGGAGGCUGCUGAGACCUGCUCCAAGAAGCAGUGCAGAUGUGCAGGCAAGUCCAUCCCUUCGAGGAGACGUCAUCGAGGUCCCCUCAUCGCCGCCGACAGCAUGUCCGCGGCACGCCAAGGAUGUGGAUGUCAGCUUCGGUUCCGUCAUCACCUGUUCCGACCGAGCAGAAUCCGAGCCGCCCCCUGCCAAAAAGACCAGGAGGAUGCCACGCAAGACCCCACAGGCAGUAGGAAGAAGCACCAGUGACAUCGGGCAGCAGUUGGAAAACCACAAGGCCACGGACGAAAUCCCGCACGCCCAUCUGCUCGACGCACUCGAAGUCUUUGGCCCCGAGCCGCCCGUCUCCAUCCGCCACGUCACGCCGGAUGACCUGCUCACUCCACAGCUGCGGAAGCUGCAAAGUGAUCUGGGCAAAGCCAAGCGGUACUCUGCCCGGCUGCAGCUUCUGCAGGACCAAAUGCCGGACCCGUUUGAGCGUGGUUGGUGGAUUCUGGACUGCUCGGAACUGGGUGAUCGCCGGCUGGCUGCGUGGGAGUACCUGGCCAGAUACGUCCACGCCGGCAAUGCAGGGUGGGGCGUCUCGCUCAUGAGGGAGUCGGCGGCGACGCACAGGAUAAAGCUGUUCUGCUACGGACAUCUAGCAGGCCACAUGUACCUGCUGCUCUACAUGGCCAGCGAGCGGCGGAUAUACGACCUUGACUGCACUUGGACUUCUGCGCGCAGGGGCGGUCUGCUGUUCGUCCCAGCAAUCAAGGGCAGAUGA